GAAACAUCUUAGUUAUUUGGCUCGCGGUUCGGUAAUCGGCGAUCUGAGUAGUUUUUUAGCCAUUCCUAUGGCCCUCGCUGCUUUUCUUUGUGAUCGGUGAUUUGCCUCAAAACGUAAGUGCCCGUUCGAGGUUCGCUUCCCUGGUUAACCAGCACUCGCAAUCAUGCUUCUUUAUUACCCGUUCGGGGUACGUGACUAAAGAUGAAUCAUAAAUACACCCUGAUUAAUUAUAACCACUUAAUGCCACGUAUUGUUCAUGAAUUAGGAUUUUGAGCGGCACUUUCCUUAUUUAUAGAGAGGUGCUUGCCCCUCAUUUUUCUUGUUGUUUCCUCAUUUUUCUUUCUAAGCUCAAAAUCUCUUGCGUAUUUUCAAGCUUUCUCUCUCUAGAAUUCUCAGAAUUCCUCAAGUGAUUUUAUGUAUUUCCCUUCUAGCUCAGAAUCUGAAGAGAUGUCGUUGAUUCGUGUAGGAAAAACAUCUGCUGGUAACAAGGCCGAAGGCUCUUCUCCCCAAGCACCUAACUCCGGCAAUCCUCUCGUAGGAAAAAACACCGAACAGCCACGUGAUGACGGAUGCCUAUCAAGGGACGAUGUCCAGGUCUAUAACAAGGGAAUGCCCGAGCGGCCACCCCGCAUUCCCCUACAUGUUAACCGUAUCCGUAAACAAAAACAACGUUUUCCUGAAGAUGUCGAACGACAACUUAGCCAAUUAUUGCCCCCACCAAGAGAAUAUUAUGCUGGAUUCAUUCGGCACCCAAUGAGGCAUUGACCGGGGAACGUGUUAGUGCACCUUGACGCUUUGAUUGCUGGGCUUCGCUUCCCUCUUCAUUCAUUCAUCGUGGAGUUCUUACGCCGGGUUUCUGUACUACCCGCUCAGUUCGUGCCCAGUACCUACCACAUUCUUACAGGCUUCAUAAUUCGAUGCCACGAGUUGAGGAUCGCUCCAAGUGUCGACUUAUUCCUUCAUCACUACUGUUAUCAGCCUUAUUGGACGACCGGGUACCUGAAGCUGGUAGCUCGUUCUGAUCGUCAGUUGUUUACAGAUAAUCCCACCCCGCCGGCUGACUGGGAGGAGCGUUUUCUGUUUGUUCGGGUAGGUGAUUCUCUGCCAAUUCCGGAUAGGUGGAACGCCUAUCCCGUUCGAGAUUCUCAGCCUAGAGUAGAUGUCAUUCUACGCUCCCAAGCUGAAUCUUUGUGGAUGGGAGGAACCCGAAGUCUUCGGGGUUUUAUUACCACUUCUAACAUGCUAUCUGUCGGGUGUGAUAUCCCUCAUACCCGUCCGGCGUUCUAUAUCUGCCGCUACUCUGACGGCUUCCUCUGGGAAAGGCAAGGAGAAAAUGAUUGCCGAUCAUGCCUCCGCAGAGCAAACCCGAAAGAAACGCAAGGGGAAUGACGACAACAUAUUGAUCCCGGUCGAUCACGUGGUUGAUUUGACCGGGUUGGAAGCUGAACCAAAAAAAUCUAUGCCUGCCAAACCAACAACUCCAACUCUUUCUGAUGCGCCGAUCGAUGAUCGGAUGUUUGUUGAGUUUUCGAACAUGGGACCUAGAUCAGAAGGGAGAUACCUGUUCGGGCUGAUGCCAUCCUCCAUGUGGUGUCAUACUGCGAUUAAGGUUCCCCCCAGUUUCACGAACUUGACUCACUGGUUAGAUCUUUUUGAAGCAGGUCAUCAAGAAGCACUCAAGGUACGCUUCAUUCUGAUCCAUACCUUCCUAUUUUUUAUUGGUUUAUCUUAUUUGAUUUUCUUUGCAACUUGUUUUCAGGCCGGUGUAUACUAUCAUAAGGCCUUUCUUGCGGCCGAAAAGGAAAUGAAAACCCUGGCCAGCGAUCGGGAUGACAGCCAGGUCCUUCUUUCUGCCGCUCGGAAAUUAGCGGCUGAUCUACAAGAACGGGCCAAGGAAGGUGAGAAGGCGAAAGCUGCUCUGGCUGAAAUGCAAGAGAAAACCUGACGUCGCGACCGGGAGAUUAAAGGACUCCGGGUCAAGCUGCGGGCUGCCGAAUCCAUCGGGAUCAAAUUUGACAAAGCCGUUGGUGACCAUCUGCCCGAACCUUAUACGGUCAACACUUAUCAGAUUGCAAAUCAAUCAAUAGUUGAUUAUCAACGAGGCAAAGGGCUGAACGUCGCUCUGGAGAACACAGCCUGGCAAUUCCUGGGACCUCAUCUUGGCCGAUUCUUACGCGAAAGCGAGGAUCCCAUCAAGGCAGGGAUUGAUCUUCUGGACAGCACGCCGGAAGGGAAAUCUUUCUUGGAUGUCCUGACCGAGAAAACUGUGACGCAAAGUCAGGAUCUGCUUUUGGAUAGGAACCUUGAUUUGAUCCUAGAACAUUUCCCCAAGUCGUUCGACCCUGAUGAAUUAGGCUUUGACGAUCUGUUCGGGAACACAUACGACCGGAUCAUGGAGAAGAGGACAAAAGCAGCGCCUGAUGAUGCAGUACAGGCAGGGAGCUCUCAACCUCCACCUUCCCCGAACGGCAGUCCUUCAGUAGCAGAGCCUUGUAAAUUUUUGCUUUCUUGUCUUUUUCUCUUGUAUAUUCUGGCUAGUAAUGCCGAAGAAUAAACUGGGCAUUUCUCUUUAACUGUUGAUGUCUCUAUUCUGUUUUUUCUUUGAUUUUUCUUGCUCAUAAUCCUUUCUAUGUUGCCGAGCAUCACUCGGCCCAUGUAUCUUUAUAUGUCUGACACCUCUCCCGAGCUUGUUUUGAUCCCUUUUCCGUUCGUGAUCCACGGAGUCAAAACUCUUUUAGCUGAGGUGAAUUCCUCAAGCCGUUUUGAUCGUGACCACAGGGUCAAACUCUCAGCUGGGACAGGGGCUCCCUCCAAACUGUUAACCCGUUCGUCAUUCGGUCAUCCGGAAUGAUCCCACGUGUUAACAAGCUGAGGUGAG